AUGGAGAAGUGGAUGUUUUCAAUGGGAAACGAGUGUAAGUUGUGUUUAGUCAUUUGCAUCAAUUAUCUUUGCUCAGAGUGCAUAAAAAUCAUCACACGCCUAGGUGUGGUUGGAUGGUCAAAGAGGAGAGUGAGGUGGCAGUCGGGCUGUGGUUCACAUGGCCACCUGCCAAGGAACCGUCGUGCGCCACCUGGCCUCCAGUUACUCGAACACACUAUUAAGUACAAGUGGAAUGACUUGUCGUCCAGCAGAAAGGUCUUUAUUAAGGAAAACACGAUGCAACUUGUCACUGACGGAACCCUUGACCCUUCUGACAGAGUGUCGAGGCUAGUUGUAGAGAUGAUGAAGCGUGAGUGGCCACAGCAAUGGCCGGGGCUGCUUGAUGAACUCCAUGCGCUUUCUAAGAGAGGGCCAACUCAGACGGAGCUGGUGCUUUUCGUGUUCCUGAGGAUUGCGGAGGAUGUGGCAACGUUGCAGAACUUGGAGUCAAACCAAAGACGAAGAGACUUGUACCAGGCGAUGACAGCCAAUAUGGAGAGCAUGUUUGGCUUUUUCUUGUCGUUGCUUGAAGAGAAUUACAAGCUGUACGAAGCCACCAUGAAAGCACAGAAUCUCCAGCCAGCACAGCAACACUGCAGGGUUAUGCAGGUAGUUCUGAUGACUCUGACAGUGUAUGUGGAGUGGGUUUCAGUGCAACACAUCUUCGCAGAUGAUGGGAAACUCCUGAAGUCACUCUGCUUCUUGCUAAGCGAAGACAAUCUCAAGAUGGAGGCUGCGGAAUGCCUGCUGCAAAUUGUGAGUCGGAAAGGAAAACUGGACGAGCGAAGACCCCUCAUUCUCCUGUUCGGCAAGGCCCCCAUGUCGACCAUAUUUGCCGCAGCAGACAGAGCUGUGAUGGGACUGAGUGAACAUAAUUACCGGUUCCUCAAAACGCUAACUCAGGUCCUCACAGCCCUGGGCUCCCAACUCUGUGCGUUGUGGGGUAAGGAAGCAGAUGUUGGCGAACCCCACUUCCGGGUGUACCUUGACGCGAUGCUGGCCUUCACAGGACACCCUAGCCUCCACAUUUACAAUUUCACCAAUGGGCUCUGGGGGCAGCUCUUCCGACACGAGCACAUACCUCAGAGCAAAACCUCCAGCUGUACUGCGUCAUGGAUCACCAUCGUCUCACGAAUGGUCAUGAAGCAUGGGUAUCCCUCGAAGAACGACUCGGAGAGCUGUCAGUAUUCAAGGUUGGAUUUUGACAGCGAUGAGGACUAUUCAUAUUUCUUUUAUAAGGUGCGCUCGGAGACCCUAGAGACAAUCAAGGCCGCUUCCCUCCUGGCACCCGAGACCCUGUACAGCUUUGUGGAGGAGUGGCUUAAGAACCAGGUGAAAAAGGCAGCCGAUCAGGGCCAGCAAGAUAAACAACUGUGCAACCUCUUCUCGCCUUUCUACCUCGAGUGGGAAGCAUUGUCUCAGGUGUUGGAGAGUGUGAUGAGUAGAGUGAUGCAGAGUGAAGGUUACAAACCCACAGCAGAGAGUGGGCUGGAGCUGCUGCGUCUGUGCCUCUCGUACCAGACCACAGACCCACUUAUUCUGUCCACGCUGCUCUCCUGCAUAUCAGGGCUCUUUGUCUUCAUCCGACUAGUGCCAAGUGUGCUGCCGGAUGUUCUCAACAAAAUCUUCUCAGCCCUGACGUUCUCUUUGCCUGGCCAGACUAAAGACUCCCGGAGUAGGGCGGUCAAGAAUGUGAGAAGGCAUGGGUGCUCGCUUAUGGUGAAGAUUGCACGUAGCUACCCAGACAUCUUGCUUGAGGCCUUUGACUUUAUCAAUGGAGUGGUAGACAGUCUGAGCCACAACCCACAGGAGCUAUCCCAGAUGGAGAAGGUGACACUCCAGGAGUCCCUCAUGAUCAUCAACAACCAUUUCCACAACUUCGAGAAACAGAGUACCUUCAUUGGCAAGGUCUUAGGGCCUGUGUCAGAGAUUUGGCUUAACAUGAAGCAGCCCUUUAGCUCUCCUUUGGAUUUCAUGUCCUUUGUAGGACUGGACAAGGCGCCUGUUGAGCCCAGUGAGAAUGACGUCAACGGGCAGAACCGGGCGCAGAUCAUCUUCUGCGUCAACCUGAUUAUGGCUGUGAUAAAGCGUUCAGAGUUCCCCACUGACACUGAUGUAGCAGAACGUGGUGGGUUUAUUCUUGAACGCUCUGAUUCUGCUGUCUUCUGCCGCAAUCCUGCUACCCCACAUGUGAUGCCCUUGCUACACCAGCUCUUUUGUUUGGUGCGGCUUUUUAAUGCACUCUGGCAUCCUGAGGCCUUGGCCUGUGUCUCGCCAGGCUAUUCCAAGGCCCACAACCUUCCUGAAGCAGAGAGGAAUAAUAUUUUAGGAUUAGCAACUAUUAAUUCAUCAGAUCCAUGUAUAGAUUUCUCCAAGGUUCAGCAACCCCUGGAAAGGAUGCAGUUCUUCCUGUCGAUGAUGCACGACAACUGUUACCACAUCCUUGGCAAUGCAGGAGUGUCUCUUGGUCUCCAAUUCUACCAGCAUCCGCACCUUACAGACUACCUGGUGCACUCCUCCCUGGCCAACUUGCACCUCAUACCAGAUUACCGUCUCCGCCCAAUUAUUCGCACAUUCCUAAAGCCUUUCAUUCAGUGGUGCCCACCCCAGUGCUACCAGACAGUGCUCUUGCCCAUCCUCAACCACUUAUGUCCAUUUAAAGUACAGUACUAUGGUCAGUCCCCAUAUUAA